CACUAGUGUAUUUGGUACUCCUAGGCUAUUAAUAGUAGUUCAUUAGCCGAUUGCUUGCUGUUCCUCAAUCACUUCCCCAACCCAAAAUUUUAACAUUUUAACGCGUCGACACCACCAACUCACGGCAAAACAGAAGCCCCGUUUUAUUUACACCGAGCAACGCCUCUGCAUAUCUGUUAUCUACUUUCAAUAUUUUCGAUUGGCCAUGGCCCACGUCACCGAACAGACUCCGCUACUCCAGGACGAGUCAGCACCGCCCGCCCACACAGCCGAUGACGGCCAAAACACUAUUUCGAAUGGCUCUGAUCAUCCACAUGGAUAUUCUUGGCGCGUCGCUGCCGUCGGCCAGUGGUUCUCCCUAAUCGGCGGACUGGCCGUAUUUGGUCUGGCAGCGGCUGUUUCCGUUAUCCACCGACACUGCAGACCAGAGUUGUAUCACAUUGCAAGGGACAUCAAAUCCUAUCUCGAGACUAUGGUCAUACUGGUACACGUCACCGAGGGCCUUAUCACCGUUUUUUGGGCCGCCAGCAACCUCCUUCACCUUCUCACGUCAGGGACGCUGAUGCCGUUUCCACUCUCCGCCCUCCUUUACGCCAUCUCUAGCUUCUUCACAAUUCCGGCCGUCGUUCACGGCAUGGCCGCCCUGUUAACAGAGCGGUACUUUGGGUACUUCUGCGCCGACUACCCUGAAUGGGGUAACGGCCGCUGGGAAAAAUGUGCAGUUUGGGCGGAGAGAUUCCACAGGCUUGUAUGGGCUUAUCUAUAUUCCGUUUUGGCUCUGAGCUUGAUUCACGCCGUCUUGUUCGUUGCCUGCUUCGUUGCCUGCUUCGUCGCACCCUACAGCGGCAGAACGUCGCUUCGGGGCCGCCAGAGCAGGCAACUCACGCUGCAAUUCACCUUCACGUAACCCUGACCCUCAGAGGCCAGGACGUGCCACGUGUCGUCGAAUACGGUCCCCAGUCGCAGUGUAAGGGUCUGUUUCAGACGAUAAUCUCGUGGCAAUCCUAUCAUCUCUUCUGGUUUGUGGCACAAAGUCCGCUAGGUUGGGUGCCGUAGGCUCUUGCAG